AUGGUCUGUCUGCCGGGAUUCAGCCUGGUCUUCCUGAGCGCUCUCCUGCACCCUGCGGCACCCUGGGGCGAGGGGCGACCGGACAGACCGAGGCAGUGCGACGCGCCAAAGUCGCAAAGUGACAUGAACUCCUUCCUGUGGAGAGUGAAGCGUGCAUCUCCGCAUCCACCUUCUUACUUAUUUGGUACCAUCCACGUUCCCUACACACGAGUCUGGGAUUUUAUCCCCAACAGCUGCAAGCAGGCUUUCCACAACAGCCCCAAUGUUUUCUUUGAGCUGGACUUGACCGACCCUCUCACCAUCUCAAAGCUGACUAGCUGCCAGCUACUGCCCCACGGGGAGAACCUGCAGACGCUGCUACCUCGGGACUUGUACCGCCGCCUCAAACGCCACCUGGACUACGUCAAACACAUGAUGCCUUACUGGAUGACCGCUGACCAGCGUGGCCGAGGCCUGUAUGCUGACUACCUGUUCAACGCUAUUGCGGGGAACUGGGAAAGGAAAAGGCCCGUGUGGGUGAUGCUGAUGGUCAACUCGCUGACGGAGUGGGACGUCCGGUCCAGGGGCACGCCGGUGCUCGACCUGUUCUUGGCUCAAGAAGCUGAGAGGAUGGGAAAGACGACAGGGGCUGUGGAGAGGGUGGAGGAGCAGUGUCACCCCCUCAAUGGGCUCAACUUCUCUCAGGUGCUGUUUGCUUUGAACCAGACACUGCUGCAGCAUGAGGGCGUUCGAGCAGGUAGCCUGCAGGGCUCCUUCACCACUGAGGACCUCAUAACACACUACAACUGUGGUGACCUCAGCUCCAUCAUCUUCAACCAUGACACCUCACAGCUGCCUCACUUCAUCAACAGCUCUCUGCCAGCUCACGACCGCAUGACGGCCCAGCAGAUUGACAGCUACUUCCGCCAGGAGCUCAUCUACAAACGCAACGAACGAAUGGCUCGCCGUGUGUCUGCCCUGCUGCAGAGAAAUCCUAACCAGACGUACUUUUUUGCUUUUGGUGCAGGUCAUUUCCUGGGGAACCACAGUGUGCUGGACAUCCUCAGGCAGGAGGGCUAUGAGAUCGUCCACAUGCCUUCUGAUCACCAAGAGCCAGUCACAGACUCCAGGAAUAAAGCAGCUGAAGAUCCUGCAACAGGGUCCAGCGAGGAGAGCACUGACACUAGCACGGACUCUCCCACCAGCUGGCAGACCAGUCCACCAGGGAUGGAGCUGGAGCCGGAGGACCCAGAAAACAUCCCUGGACUUGGAGAUGAGGAGCUGCCUCACAUGCUGCUCCCCGACAGCCUGAGCCAGCUGGAGGAGUUUGGACGACGCAAACGACCUCGCAAAGCUCACCGCGGCCAUGGGAGACCUCGACUCUUCAGUGACCUGUGGGUUCGCAUCGGGGAUGGCACUACCCCACCACCUAAUGUGAGGAUAAUCAAUGGCUAUGUGACAGUGGAGCCUCCUCUGACCCAUCAAGAGCAGCGCAGGCUGUUCGAGAUCUACUCCACGGAGCAACAGCCCAGUCCACCUUCCUCCACUUCGCCUAGUCCCAGCUCAGCUCAGCCAGCCUCAGUCCACAGCACACUCACACCGCCUUGUCUUUUAGCCUGGAUGUUAUCACACAUGCUGUUUACCUCCUGACCACAAGACAGCGUUAUCUCACAGACAAAACACUCAGACACUACUGCGUCCAUGCCAGAUCAGUGGAAUGUACCUGAUAAACAAGGAAUGACCAUCAGCACAUGCAGACAAGAGAUGGAGGAAUAUUUUAGUCAGGACAUGACAUCCUGAGGCGGGACAAUCCUGCUGUCAGCCUCCACCACAGCUUCAGCCUGUCCCCAAAUGCCAAGUCUCAAAAUGUGUGGAGUAAGCUUUCAGCCACGACACAAGCAAUGAACGGACUGUGUUGGACUGUAAAGGGUGGAGUCUUCAACCCUCAUGAAAGUAUUAUGAUAGAAUAACAGACACAUAGCAAAAUGAAGACCUGUAAUUUUGAAGAGUUUGUGUUGUGGAGUCUUCUACCUAAUAAAAACUGUAAUACUGUAUAGAAAAAGAAGACUGACAUUAAUAAUGAGAAUAGAACAUACUAAUAACAGCUAUAACUCUGUGAUAAAUGAGUUGAAUGCAUACAGUCAAACAGUACCAUGUAGGAGGGGGAGCAUUCAGUUGCUACUUUUGUAAAUUGUGCAUUUUGUUCAUAAAGAAAUAUUGUA